CCCAGGGCUUUCCAUCUCAGAGCUGGGUGUCUGGCUGAACUAGUUCAAUCUCUGAGGAAUGUGUUUGUGCAAAUGUGCUGUAGGUUGCCCUGCCCCUUCCUGGGAAUUAUUAUGGACAAUGUCAGACCGCUACAGGAAAAAUAAGCUUUCAGGAAAUAGGCCUAGCCCAGUACUGUGGACGCUGACACUAUUAGCACAUGAAAUGAAAGUUUCCAUGGCCAAGGACAGCAAACUUGACACUGGCUUUUCUUAGAGCAGGGUGGUUGUUUUGAUUUGGGACGCCCAGUUCCACGUCAGCAGGUUUCACAACAGACACGUCACACCAGUUUAACCAGACCUUUAUGAAAGAAAUGGAUCUUGUGAAACAUACAGGCGGCUGCCACUGUGGGGCUGUUAGAUUUCAAGUCCGGUGUUCCCCAGACCUCCAUGUUUUCCAUUGCAACUGUAGCAUUUGCACAAAGAAACAAAACCAUCAUUUCAUUGUUCCAAAAAAUAACUUCACACUCUUGCAGGGGCUGGAUAACCUGACCACAUACACAUUUAACACUCACGUUGCUAAACACACCUUCUGUAAAAUCUGUGGAGUUCAAAGUUUCUACACUCCACGCUCCAACCCUGAUGGAUAUGGUGUUGCUCCACACUGUCUGGAUCCAGGUACUGUGCGCAGUGUCACAGAGGAGAACUUCUGUGGGGAGAAGUGGGAAGAAAGCAUGCAAGCUCACAAGAGCAUCAGAGACAUGUCUCGACAUGCAUCAGACACAGCUGAGAGCAACAAAACAACAACUCUGUGAUAUAAGAAUCUAACU